AAAAAAAAAAAAAAGUGGCGUUAAAAAAAAAAAAAAAAAAAAAAAAGGGUGCAGUAACACAAGGAAAGAUUUUCCCUUUUUUCUUUCGCAAAUAACCAUAAAAAAAUGUCUACAAAUAUUGAUGGAUAUUCUUUAUUUGCUUCUAGUACAGCAGGGCUUGUGACUCGUGUCAUGACGCAUCCUUUGGACACCAUUAAAAUCCGUUUACAGAGCAGUACAACAGGCAGUAAUAAUCUAAGCGGAUUACAAAAAGUCAUAUUCCCCACAGGUGGACAGAAUUUAGGUGGAUUAUACCGAGGAUUACCAGUCGCCUUAAUAUUCUCUGUACCUGCCUUAACUGUCUAUCUCACCUCCUAUGAGGCUGCUAAGGGUCUUUUACAUGACCAUGGCAUUGCUCGUGAUGCUGUCAUGAGUCAUUUAACCUCUGCGUGUCUUGCUGAAGUGGCAGCUUGCUUAUUAUUUACCCCCAUGGAAGUAUUAAAGAAUCGUUUACAGACAUACAAGGGCCAAAUGGGGAACCAAAAGUUAAUAGGUACCAUCUUUCGGCAGGAAGGAAUACGUGGAUUCUACAAGGGGUAUGGCAUGGGUUUAGCGGUGUUUGUGCCUCAUUCAAUGGUAUAUUUUGUCACCUAUGAAAAGAUGAAGGGAUGGUGGAUGAGCAAAGAUGAGAAAAAUCAUGCUUGGUGGUUGUAUAUGAUAUGUAGUGGUGUAGCAGGUGUGACAGCUAUCUCCAUUUCAACCCCCUUGGAUAUUAUUAAAACAAGGUGGCAAAUCUCUGCUGCUGAAAAUGGACAGGCCUUUCGAUCUGGACCAUGGCAUAUUGCUAAACAAAUAUUUCUACAUGAAGGUAAAACUACUUUAUUGAGAAGUUUUGGUGCUACCGUUGCUUGGGGGUUGCCUACCACUGCCAUCAGUAUGACUGUCUUUGAAAUGUUGAAAGACAAUAGACAUGCAUUUUCAUAACUCUCACUCCUUCAUUCCUAUUAUCUGUGUGCGUGUAUUUUUAUAUAUAUCAAAUAUAAAC